AUGUCUUCUUUCCUCCUCAGUCCAUAGUGGUGUUGGUAGAUAAGAUGGUACGCAUGCAGAUCAUUGAUUGCUCAGCAGUUGUUAACUGGCUUUUCUCCAAGGACAUGAAAGAUAACUUUACCAAGUAUGUAUGCGGGAGCCUGGACGAAACUCCUAUAAAGUCAGAUUUGGAUCGGGAUAAUGUGUUUUCAUAAGUUCAAGGCAAUUUGCACUCAGUUAUUUAACAUGCAAAGCUUUAACGAAGAUAAUGUAAAACCUUCAUUCUAAAAUCGGCCUUGUUCUUGAGGAGAUAAUUAUAUGCUUUCAGAAGAGGUUUGGUAUGACUUAGUUUCCAGGUGCUCCUUCUUUCGUCUUUAAGUUCUUUCCGAUGAUUUGCCCUGUAGUAUCCGUGUAUUCUUUCAACACAAAGGCAAUUCCUAUUCAGAUAUUGCUCUACAGUUGUAUAAUCGACCACCCAUUAACUUUUAAUACCAUUUUAGUUUUAUAGGAGUAUUUUCAUUGUGGUUCUUUUUAAGUACGCCGACGUUUUAUCUUGAUAUCUUGCAGUGCUUCCCUUUUUCAGUCAAAGUAGUUGAAGCCUCUUGUUUAUCUCUUGUUUCUUUGAUUUCGUAUUCUAGACUGUAUGUCUGGGAGAUAAUGACCAGUACUUUAAAGAAAAUGAGCAAACACACUAACAAGGUAUUUAAGAUUAUGAGUGCAGGCAUAUAGUUACACGCUUUCCGACACACGUUACAAAAACAGGUCAAUCAUCCUAUCGUCUCUACAUUUGGUUAACUUUAUAUUUCAGCGUGUCGAUGUCCUACAGGGGUCAGUUUAAGGCUAAGUUCACACUAUACGGGAUAAAAGCUAUCCGUUAUUGAACUCCUAUCUGAUAUUUGACUUUCCACUUUAGAGAUCGGCGCGGCGCGGUGUCGCUUCCUUGCAGAAACUGCGCCGAAAUCACUGUCCUUUCGCAGUAGUCCAGUACCUCACAAGAACCUCUAAUUUAAGUGGUCGUCUAAAACAAUAUUCCCUUUUGCGUUGAGGGUUAGGGUUAUUGUUUGUGUGGUUAUCUUAUUGUUUUCACAGCCAAUAGUGUGAGCCGUUCAGUCUAAUUCUAAUUCUUAUCGUAUAACCUGCAAAGGGUAUAUCCCAUCACGGCAGAUGUAGAAACUAUACGGUUAAGUGUGAACAUAGCCUUAGAAAACUUUUACAAGUGUAAUUUGCAAGUGUAAUUAAACCCUAAAACAAUAGCUGUACUUGCAUAUUACAUAUGUAGGAGUUUUGUUGAAUUGACCUCAGCUCACCAGUCUACGUCAUCUUCAUUUGCUCCUUCCUUCCAGUUAGAUGGAGUUAUCUUCAUAUUAGGUGGCUCGAUCCGUUUUUUCAGUGACAACUCGUACUCUCUUUAAUUUAAACAAACAAAAUGGGAAAAUUGAAUUGUACCUGCUUGAAGGGCAUAGGUUUGAGUUUCUAAAAAGGUCCGUUUUUUGAGAUCGAGGUAUCUAUUGCACACGGUGACGUUAUCGCUUUUUCUACAUUUCCUCAAUUUGUGAGGAAUUUAGGCAUUCCGGCGUUUUUGAAGCUCCUUAUAGGGCUUGAAGUUCAUGUAACUGUCUUGCAUGUUUUGUAACGAUUUUAUGAGAGAAUUUUCGAGAAAUUGUAAAACGGAUCAUAAACAACGGCUUUUCCCGUUCAACCUACAGACUAUAACCUUUGGUCUCAGGUUAUUCUCAGAGUUUUCUGUUAUCCAGCGAAGAACUAAAAGAAAUCACUCCACCUAAUCACCUAAUAAUGUUAAGGUGACUAAAAGUUAUACUCCCCUUUUUCAUAAAUUACCUUGCUGUGUGCUACCAAGGUAAUAAAAACAUAACUAUAAAUGGAUUUACGUGAAACUCUGUUGGCCUUUCACUGUUGCUGGCGGGUUUUUUUUCUCACAUUAGGCUAUUGCUAUUUUUUAUCAGUACACGUGCGGAUUCUAAUCAGUACUUCUUGCAUUUCGCUGAUCGCUUGAUGGCCCUGGGAGAAUAUUCACGAAUUUGCUAGUGUUAUGCAGUGACAAUGGAACUGAUCACUGAUCAAACAGCGAGUGUAACUGACCUGACAUAUUAGCAUAGUAUGGUGGUUUUCCGAGGGCCUUCAAGCGAUAUUGGAAUUCGCACGUGAAUAAUAAAUUAAACACUUUUAUGUGACAAACAAACCAGCCAGCAAAUGCCAGCCACAAAUUCAUCCACGUUUUGGCUCGGAACAACAACCUCUAGUAACUUGACUUUAUUUCAGCAUGCUGCACACCUAAAAGUCUUUCAAAGCACUUGAAAUUGUAGCUCAUGUAACUAACAACAUUAUCCAAAGGCUGUCGGUGUUUCACGUGAAUCCAUCUGUCAGAUUAAGUUUCUCACAAAUUUGGGAAAUGUGAAUAAGUCAAUGGCGUCACCAAGUUGGCUAUUGUGGAAACUCUCCAUUUACUGCUAUAUUUGAGGUACCUUUGCAUCUCAUGUUCAGAGAAAGUUGGUGUUGUCACUGAAAAGCCGGGUGGAGCUAUCUUAACCAGCUAACCAGCUGUACAUCACAUUAUAAUCAUCCCCCUAUCAUCAUAACGAAGCACUUCUUUUCCACCAAUUCUGUUAGAUCCCUUGCCUAGUCCCUGUACGGUGUUUUCCCAGUCCCUCUCGGUCAAUUCGUUUCGGUGACGUAUCCGAGGCGAACGGGCGGGAAACGCCUAGACAAAAACAGAAUGCGCAUGCGUGCGUUACUUUUUGAAAUUCAAAGAUGAUGUUAAUCUAGAUGUUGUGAGCAGCAAGCAAGCAGGCAGCAGGAGAUUUUGGUUAUUAACCACUCUUGUGGAUAUUUGUAGGAUCGACUUUUGCCGACCGGCUUUGAAAAGUCGUCAGAAUGUUAUUCAUAGUCCUAUGAAGAUUUAUACUGCUCCUUCAAUCUCAUCAUUCCAACUGGGCUAUCGGAGUUUGCCGCUCGCGAAUUUUCAAAGUAAACACAAUAUUGACCCGUGUGCCACCCGCGUGUUGUAAACUUAGACCUCAAAUCUUGAAUAAUUAGAAAAACCAUAGUUUCAAAUAAAAGUCAUUAGCUGCGUAUCAAAAAGUGCUCAGAAACUGAAUCUAAAAGUAAAAAUCCUAUAAAAUUCGCCGACAUCCACAGAAGUGAUGUGUGUAUUAUAAAUGUGAGAAGCAUUGAAUUCAACUUGCAUGCGUUGUCUCAGGAUCGUGUUUUGAGCAAAUGUUAAUCAAUGAAAGAACACAAUAGACAGAGAAAUUAUUUCUCGAAACUUUUUAUUCAAAGGCCCAUAAAUUAAUCCUUAAAAGCAAUUCGCGUGACACAAAUUUGGCUCGUGGAUCCGUUCACGCAGGUAAAAUCGGCUGAGCACAUGGCAAAAUUAUUCAACACAAAUCUCAAAUCAGGGCGCUCAAGCCGAUCUCAAAAUGUAUAAAACGUUAAAGAUAAAAUAUUCACAAAUGCGUAAUUUUCUUGACUACAGAGUACAAAAUGUACCUGAAAAUUCUUCAAAAACUUCGCUGCUUGGUGGCGUUUCAAAACAAGCAAAGCGCUCCGAUCGGCCGUGAUAAAAAUUCCGUGUAUUUUAAAUUCCUCCAAGGACAAUUGUAUAAAGCAGAAAAAGCCUUCCUUUGUCAACUUGAAGAAAACUAAGGAUUCUUGUGAAGAUUCCUUUCCCAUCUGUGUGUUUUAGCAAUGUAUUUUUAACUUUGAAAUUCGAAACACUGGUCUUGUUUACCAUUGCCAUUGAGCUGUCUCACUUUUGUCUCACUUUUGAGGAUUUUUGUCUAGGCCUCACAUUUUCGCAUGGACCACAUGACCCGAAACGCUUUGGCCGCGAGGAAAAAUGAGGCCUAGGGACUAGGCAAUUAGAUCCUCAUGUACUUAUAAUGUACCAUCUAUUUAUAAUUUUUGUCAGUCUCCACCUACAGUCGAACCUGUAUGAAGCGGUCACCCUCGGAGAAUGGCUAAGUGACCGCCUAAUACAGGUUGCAAGAAAUACGGUUCAAAGAAUUAGAUCUCCAGUGAUGAUCAGAUCAGACGUUUGACCUCAAAUAGAAACAUUCAUUUCCGGCGUUUUAAUGGUUUGCGAAAAUAAACAAGGAAAUCAAUUGUUGUACCUCGUGUGUUACAUUAUUUGAAACUCUAUGAACAAGUAAUUGACACCGUGUGACCGUUUAAUACAGGUCAAGACAAUAGAAAAAGUCCCGUUGGGACGUCGCAAAUGGUGAACGCGACCGCUUACUAGAGGUCGAAAUUACAAUACAUCAAGGGAAGUAAUUUUCGGGACUUUGAAAACUGACCGCUUAAUACAGGUUCGACUGUACUCCAUUUUUUACUACCCCAAAUUCAUUGCCUUCACCCUCUUCACCACCUUAAUUAUAUCUAUCACCUCACAAACCCCAUAACCUCUAUUGGCGGCACCUCUAUGAUAUCAUCCACCCAUUCCACCAUCUCAGUUUACUUGAUCAAACACACCGUUUUCAUUUCUAACACAGCUUUCCAUUAUGUCCUUAGCCUUCUUCAUCAUCGCUCCACCGUUUAAUGUAAAUAUCUGUCUUUUGCAGUUAUCUGCGUUUCCAUAGUAGGUCCUUCGGUUGGUGCAGUUUAAUAACCAUUCGUCCACUUAAUUGAUCGUUAAUUUAGUCCAAAAAGCGUUGGGUUAAACUCAAAAGUGUUAGUCCUUUUAGCGUUUACAGGAAUGUGUACCGUUAUUUUUUAAUCACCUUAAAGGAGGCCUUACGACAAGACAAGACAAUAGAGAGCUUUAGAUUCGAGUACGACGACGACAUUUGUUUUCUCGCCUAUUCUCUAAAAAUAGACACACCGGAAAGCUUCAUUGUACUUUUUUUCACCACAAAAGUUAGUACGAUUAUUUCCGUUGAAGGAGGUGAAGCCCUCUCCCGAUCGCUAAAUGAUAGAAUUCCUAACAUUUGAUAACUUGUUUUCGCCACUACGACAUUUUCGCUAAAACUCGUAGUAGAGUGACGAUGGUUAUCACAUUUUCCCGCCAACAUGACGCUGGUUCCCACACGCGCACUGCUUAGUAUUGAGAAAAUUUCGCUCUCAUUAUCGUCCUCGUCUUAGAAUCUAGAGAAAACAUCCAUUGGAGAAAAAAUUUUGUACCAUCUAGACCUCCCAUUGAGAAUGCGAUAUGGUAUAUUGUCAAUUAACUGCAAAAAUAAGAAUAAUUUAUUUUACAGGUAAAAUGAAUCGUAAAGUGAUUUCAGUCAUCCUUAUUCCAGUUUUUGUUGCUGUGUAUAAAUGCAUCAAUAAAUUAAUUUUUAAUGUCUAAACUAAUUACUCAAAAACAGUGUCAGAAGAGCGCGUCUUGUCUUCUAAUCCUCGACAUCACAUUACAUCACAAAAUGCUUCCUGAUAUCAUGUUUCUAUAUUGCUAGCUUCCUCGUAUUUGGGAAAUACGAUCUUUCACUAAGCAAUACUGGAAAUGCAACUUUGCGCUAAUAGUGUAUGUCAAUCGCUUUUUUCUCAAAUCUGAGGAAUGGCUCGAUAGAAUUCACCACACGUAACGUUUGCCAUAUGUGAAAGUUUGCGUUUCAUUUCAAGAUCAAACUCCAAAAAGAGAGUUGAAAAUAAGAAGCACAGCGGAGUAUUUUUAAGGAACUUCGAGGUGUUUGAUAUUGUUAUGAAAUACUGUGUUGUUAUAUUACUUCAAAAACAAUUUUGGAAGGACAAAUGAAUGAUGGAAAAAUGAGUUUUUCUUCUACUGAUAGAGCUCCAAUGAAUAGUUUUCAACCAUGUGAUUUCUGAGAUUACCGUCUCAUGUCGCUCAUUUGUCUUGCCGGUCUCACCAAUUGAAGUGGCCCGACCCUUAUUGCAAACCCCAAUUCAGUUUGCAGGUAUUCAUGAUUGCCCCUUUCCCCCUGGGUGAGGUGCGAACUUCGCUCAGAACUUUUUUUGUAGUCAUGAAUAAAGACGCUCGACAGUUCUAUCUGAGCUCUGAUCCAAGGUAGCUUUUAACCCCAGUACCUAUUCUUCAAUUUUCGGAAUUAAGAUGUGUUUUCAUUGAACAUGGCCCUUGCACGAUUUCAUCAACUUUUGACAUGAAUCGUUUGCCGAAAAUCCGUGCACAUCGCUGAAAAAUUUGCCUUAAAACCAGUCAAGUAUUAGCUUUUCCCGCAAAUUUGAAUUUAAGGCUCGUUCUGCCUCAGAGCAUUUCGUUGUCGAAAUUCCAAAACAAUUUUACAGCUGAAUUUGAAGAUCUUCUCAGCUACGGAAUUCUGCUUCAACGAUUUCUCUGAAAUUUCUGUGGCAUACCUAUUACAUCAAAAAAGAAUUUUAAAAAAUCCAUGUUCGGGCUGCUAAAAUUAUUUUUGGUUCGAAUGGUUCACGUCGUGCGACAAGGUGCUAGAUCCAUAGAUCUUUUUACCACUCUGCCUCGCAACUAUCCAGAAAGGUUUUGAAAAGUACGACUGCUGUUAUAAUUUACGAACAAAGCUUACGUUUGAGAUACCUUUUCCCAAGACAGAGGUACUUCGCAAGUCCUGCUGCUACAAAGCACUAACAUUGUGGAACUCUCUAGAGAGUCACAGAAGGGAAAUAUCGAAAGGACAUUGAAAAGUCGGCUUUCUACGUAAAUACUUUUAGGCUUUGAAUUACUGUUAACAGUUUUUUUUGUGACUGUUGUAAUGAUUUUGACACUGAAAAGUCAGCCUUUUUAUGUAUGGGUAAAUAUUUUUACGCCUUGAAUUUUAUUGUAAAUAGUGUUAUUGAUUGCUUUAACGAUUUUUAUAAUAUUUUCAGUUUAAACAUGAUCACAUCAGCUCUGCUAUACUUUUUAAUCGUGUAUAAAUAAUUAGCAGUUAAUGAAUGAGGCUGAGUAGGAUAUGAAGAAUUAAGCAGAUCGAGGACGGUGUUAUCCACCUCGGCUUUUGGCCUCGGUGGAUAAAACCCUCCGCCGAGAUCUGCUUAAUUCUUCAUAUCCAACGAAAGCCGAAUUCAUUAAUUGCUUUAUUAUACAUUCAAAAUAAUUCCUAGUUUAAAAACAUAGCUAAAACGUGCUUACCUGCAUCGAUGUUAAGUUUAUCUUCGAUAGUGUACGUUUAGAUUUGCCCAGCUUCGUAAAUAUUCUCCAAUUAGCAGAUGUCGCCCUCCGAGUUGUCUUGUUGCUGUUUUUGCUAUGUUUGUAACCAUUAUUUCGCCUCGUUCCAGCUGUAGUUCUUACUCUUGAAACGAGUGAAGUGUCCGCCAUUUUAGUUUUCACAACGAAAACAACUCAACCACGUCCCCAGGUCUUCUCGGUUAACGGUGCAUUAACCUUUAGAGGGCUGCAUUUUUGACGUCGUUUCCUCGUUAAACACAAAAUCCUUCCAAAUUUGGUCAUCAGUAACAGGUUAUGGUGAAUUAUGCGUGUGCUUUUAGCCAAUCAGAAUUGGGGAAAAGAGUUGAUAAAUCCUCUACUUUUGGAAUACGGAAACUGUGAACUAAAUCUGUCCAAUAUUUACCCAAAAUGUUGAUCAAUGGAGUUCUGAUUCCCUGUGUGGAAAUGGGUGAAUCAUUUCGUUACUUAGGUCGCUUCUUUAACUUCGACAUGUGUAACAACCAACACGUCUGAAUUGUCCUCUCUUGUACAAGUCUUAAUGAAUGACAUUGAUAUAAAGCCACUGCAUCCUAAACAAAAACUUCUUCUGUAUAGCCGCUAUGUCCUAUCUAAACUGUCCUGGCAUUUCACUCUAGCUAAUAUACAUGUAUCCAAAACCUGGAUAACGGAACAUGUCGACUCUGUAGUGAAUGGCUAUAUUCGGAAAUGGCUUGAUAUUCCGAUAUCUGGAACACUGAGCAAUGUUUUUCUAGAACGCAAUAAAUUUGGGCUUAAUAUUUGUCCUCCCUCUGUUAAAUUUGAUCAGUGCCAAACAGUUCUUCCAAAUUCGUUAAAAGAGUCACAAAAUGAUUCCCUUAAAGAUCUCUGGAAGUCGUUAGGCUGUCACACUAAUAUUCAAUAUGAUGUGUUUAAAUCACGCGAUUUUCUUCGAAACGUAGGGUCCAAUUAAUGGCUGAUUUCAUAAAAAAAAAAAAAUAUUCACAACCAGUAAAAUCGGAUUACUUCUCAUUGCUGCUGAAUGAUAGCUGUAGUUCAUCUCAAAGUUUCGUAGCCAUCGCGUCAAAACCGAAAACAUUUUGACAAAAACAAACAGCUCAAAGUGCAAGACGCUCUUUCCAGCAGUGUUAUUGGUUAUCGGACGUUUAAAAAAAAACGUGGAAGGGUCUAUUGAGUGCAACGCACAACAGUAAAAAGCGAUGCAGAUACACUACUUUAACCUCGACCUUCUCCAGUACAACCAUCAUACACCAACUCAAGAAUUUAUCGACACUCUAUUUUCGCUUGCAUUUAUUCCUCUUAUCUCCAAUCCAACGCGCCUCACCUCUUAUUCUGUAACUCUAAUCGAUAAUAUAUUCACAAAUAAUCUUUCUCAAAAUGUCUUAAAUGGUGUUGUCCUAAACGAUCUAUCCGAUCACUUACCAGUUUCUGCUUAUUUUUCUGGCAAAACUCUGACGCGCGAUGGAGAAAAUAAAGUAUUCAUGUGCAAGAUUACUGGCGAAAAUUUGAGUAAAUUCAACAAGAACGUUUCAAACACAAACUGGGCCUCAUUUCUUGAUGAAGAUCCCAAUAUGGCUUACAACAAUAAUAUAGAUAAAUACUCGAGAGUCUCCAAUGCCUGCUUUCCUUUAAAGGUCAUUAAAGGCAAGCUACUGAACAACCGCAGCUCUCCUUGGAUCACCCCCGGACGUUUGAGAUCUAUUAACAAGAAAAACAGAUUAUGCAAAAAAUUCAUCAGAUCUCCCUCAUUAUCUAAUGAAACCUACAAAAACAAACUAAACCAUUUAAUUCGCAUCGCAAAACGUAAAUACUAUGAUACUAAGUUUGAGAGUGCCAAAAAUGACCUUAGAACAACUUGGAAAUUGCUUAAUGAGGUUAUAAUUAAGCGUAAAAGUAAAUCACCUUUGCCUUCAUCAUUUGCUUCGGAGGGUAAAACGAUAACAGAUCCUGUGGAAAUUGCUGAUAAAUUCUGUAAAUUUUUUACCAAUAUUGGUUCCUACCUAGCUAGAGCAAUACGCAGCGUAAAUUCCUCAUUUAGUUCUUUUCUUGGUGCUGUUAACCAUCCUCCUAUCGCGCUGCAACCUACCAACCCCUGUGAACUGGAAAGCAUUUGUAGCAUGUUCGCCUCGGGGAAGGCUCCCGGCUAUGACAGUAUUUCAAUGCGUGUAAUUAAACACUCAUUUCACCUGAUGUCUGCACCUCUGGCCAACAUCAUCAUCGAAACACCUUAACGGUAAAGCUCUACACAGUCUCCACUAAAGUACAUCACAUUUUUUUUCUAGGUUUCAGGGGAAGUGCAGGAAGCCAAAGAGAAACUUACAAAACUGGAAGAAAGAGCUAAGAGAUUGGUGAGUGCUUAACACUUAAAUAAAAUGGUUAGUUGGUAACAAAAGGAUGUUGCUUUCGAUGCCAUCUACAAAAAGUAUUUAAAGUUACUAGUUGGGACUCGUGUACAAAGUACAACCAGCCACUUAAACCUACAGAAUGCGUAUAUAUACAUAUAACACCAGUAUACAUUUAUAACUUAAUGUUGUGACAACAAGACAAGAACAGCACAAGAAAUGUUGACGCACCUCGUUUUCAUUUCUAUUUUGCGAACUCAUCUAAAAGCUCGUCUUUUCCUGUGGAGCUGUCACAUCAGUUUUGUGCAUACAGAGACUGAACAGCAACUCAGCCUUUAUACUGUUAAUUAUCCUUGUUUUCCUCCUUUAAAAUGUUUUUUUGGUUCGUUUUAAAGAAUCAUACGUAAAGAUUACGUGAAGGUCUUUUGAAAACUAUUAUUAUUGUUUUGUUUAUGUCAGGGAGAAGAACCAAAUGGGGAAUCGAAACCUGCAAUUAGUGCUGCCGAACAAGCUGAUCAACUUCAACAACAGGUGGAUGAAUUGACGGAAAAAUUAGAAAAUGCUCAGAGAGCACAAAAGCAGCUCUUUCUUAUUGUUUUCCAGGUGAGAAAAAGAUCGAUACGCUUUUUCUUUUAUUGAAAAGAUAACCAUCGCGGCCCCCCUCCCCAAAAAAAUGCCAUACAAAGUUACAUUAUGUUGCCCAGUAUCCGGCCACUUCAUUUUAAUAUUGUAAUACCUUUCCUUUAGUUAUUCAAUGUCGCGCUGUUUUGUUUUUUCACUCGCUUGGGCCCCUCAUAACGCUAACCUCAGAGUGAAGGACAAAAGUUGACCCCGUAUUACUGUUAAAAAGAGGUUGACUUCUUAUAUGUUUUAACUCAAUUGUGUUUAUAAGAAAGAAAAGCUGAACUUGGGGCGAAAGAAGUACAGUCAACUCUCUCUAAGACGGACACCUUUGGGACCGGCAGUAGCUGACCGUCUUAGAGAGGUGUCGGUCUUAGAGAGAGUCAAAUAGAGGGAGCAAAGAAAGGCAGGGACCAACUCUAGGUGUCCGUUUUACAGAGGUGUCCGUCUUAUAGAGGUGUCCGUAAAGAGAGAGUCGACUGUAAGUUUCGAAACGGUUGUGCUUGCGUGCAUGAUAAAGCCAAGAUUUGGAACAUUCUCACACGUAGGCGGAGAUGAUUGACUGAUUGAUAAAGUUAACCUGCGUUAAACUACCUCACGAGGUGGUUUAUAAAAACCUAACGUGGUUAAGAAAAUCUAUUGUUCUUGCUUUAUUUGCAUAACCCGGUUAAAACUUAGUUUAGACUGAAGACAACCCGGCCACACUCGCUGAUAUUUUAAACCAGUUAGCUUUAAUUAGUUAAUUGGAAAUAACUCGGUUAAGUCCGUUGGUGCGGCCGCAGCCAAUAUGACGAAAAACAGUUUAAUUUUUUCCCUUCGUUUCCAUCGCGAAAUUAAUAUUUUGCAGAGCUCCUAUGUUGCCCAAUAUCCGGCCAUAACAAUAACAGAGUAAUUGUACAUAAAUUUCGAUAGGCAAGCGACUUAUAAGCUUUUCUUGCACUUGCAAAGUAGUCUGGCAAUCGAUUUCUAAAAUAUAAAUCGAUCUGGGAACAUAGCAUCGUGAAAUGAAACAAAACAAAUGACUAGGAUAAGGUGGGGAACGCGAGCGGCUGUUAAAUGGUAUAGUUCAUACCUCCUUGUCUAGGAACUUUUUCACUGAUUUAAGGUACGCAUCUGUGGACAAGCCAAAGCAGCGGUUUACAAGCUCAAUUAGCCGAUAUGCUAACCGGUUUCUUUUUCUUCAUUUUUUGGUUUUAAAAAAAAAAACUGGCUAAGGGACCUCAAUCCGACGGCCAAAGGUCACUCUCCUAUUUAGUCUGACCUGCAGUGUUGAUUUCUUCAUGCUCAGUGCCCACAUUUGGCCUGCUUUUCUAGCACUAAUUCAGGGCCCGAAAAUUGCGACUCACUGGUCGCCAAUGCGACCAAAAAUUGAGCACUGGCGACUAAAUUUUCAGAACUGGUCGCCAGCUGGCGACUCGCGUUUUGUCCGAUGACUAAAGAAAACCACGACACAACGUUUGUUUUUAAAUCUUUAUAUUAGGAAAUCAAUCGGAUAUGGUAGCUAGUAUACAAAUCACUUUUUUGUCCCCAGUAAAAUAAUGUCUGAAUAUUACAAGAUAAUCGAAAAAUUGAAUGUAUUUCGACACGUCGAUACUGCGUUCACGGAGCCCCAUAUUGUUUCAGCGGCUUCUUCCGAAACUGGGAUCGCAGGCGCACUUCACACCAUGUGCUUUUCAUUUGCCGCGAAAAUUGCUGCAUGUUUUUUAAGAGAUGCCCAAAAAGUAGAAUAAUGUGUACCGUACACGGUAAUAUUUUAGUUGUAGUACACAAAUAUCUUUUAAAGGCUAGAAGAUUUAUUGUCAUAUAAAAUUUACAGUAAUGAGUUUGAAAUUUAUACGGGACCUUCACCAAGAAAACGGCCGGUACCCUUAACGUAGGGUAGUUUGGAGAACUUGUCACCUGCCGGUUGGAAGGCGGACACCGGCAAAACUGACUGAAACAGGGUGGUUAAUAAAUGGAUAUAACUAUCACCACUAGAAAAAGUACCUGAGUGAAUAGUUCUUAAAAACGUUUCGUUAUACUUUAAGGUAAGGAGAUAGCGAUUCAAUUCAAGCGGUGCUUCCGUAACUCCCGCAAUAUUUUAGGUUCUAUUUUCCUAAAACGUUCUGUCUAAAAUUAAACGAAGACCUAAAAACUGCACUAAGCCCAUUUUCGUUUCCUCCCGGUCGGAGACUGGUACGAGCAAUGUGGUUGUGUAGAGGCCUAGGCCAAGCAUGGCGUUGUUUGUCGGCAGCGAAAGGCGUCGAGGAAAGCAAGUCGAAAAUAAAGAACGGCAUUUCAUAGAAGUAGCAAGGGGCAAAUACGCAAGGACCCGUGUUUGUCUCAGAAUGAAAACCACGGACUUAAAAUGUUUUAUGCUUCGCUUUAUUUAAAAUGACUAUGGAGAGAACCAUCACCUUCGGACCAGAGACAUAUCACGUGAGAACAACGGUAGCUUUAUAACUAAGUGUUACUCGUGUUGUUUCUAAUUGUUUUCGCUCUUCAGUUGUGACUUUUCUUGCAUGCAAAGUAACGUAUAAAUUCGUGUUCUUGUGUGAGUUAUAUAUAAAAUAAGUUGGCGACCAAAAUUUACGAUCUGGCUACCAAAAUUUUUCCGUUAGUCGCCAGCUGGCUCCCGAACAAGAAAGUUAAUUUCGAGCCCUGUAAUUCCUCCUUCUUUCACUUAUCUCAGUCCCUUUGAGACAUUUUUCAGACCCUUUCAACCCCAUUCUAGCCGUCACAACUGGGGAAAGUAUAAGAAUUCCUGGUUCAACUCCGACGCUUUCGGUUAUAUAUAGAAAUUAGUCACUCGAAAAAAGUCUUGCACACGAAAUCAAGUCACCUCUGAACGAGUGAAGAAAAUUUCCAAAAGGAGUUGAGUAGAUUUACAUUAUACGAUUAGAUCAUAUAUCCUAAGCUUUAAUUACAGUUAUAGAUAUGAAAAAAAUCUUAUCCAGAUAAUGUACGCAGCUAAUUCAUCGAUUCUGUACAGCUUGAAAAAACUGGCCGAUACUGGGCACCUGACAUCAAUGCUUAGUGAAUGUUUCUGGCCUCCUUUAUUCCAAACGAAUUGAAUUUCAAGAAGAACUAAUAAAUCUUCUGAGAAACUGACUUCUUUAAGUAUCUUUAGUUUAAAUAUAAAACAGUUUCUUUGAAAAUAUCACAUAUUACCAACCCUUUUCUGAACAGCACUAGUUUUGCUGCGCAGUAAACAGCGUAAAUGUUACCGAUGAAAAGUUUACUCACCUAUUUCACCUGACCUGAACGGUGCCUUCUGCGACUGUUUCGCAACCUGUCAACUAGCUCAAACUUUCAUCUUAAAGCUGAAAUGUUCAGCUUUCAUUCGAAAUACUUCGAGACCUGAAAAGGGCGCCUCAAAAAUUGAGGUUUUUGUUUUAAGUGGCUGGAUACUGGGCAACAUACUGUACUUUUCUUACGAACAUACUGUCAGGCACAAUUUAUGGGGGGGUCCAAUGUGGCAAUGAUACUGACGUUUUAGCAUGUGGUAGUUUGUCGACGAAUAUAUCGCUGACGUCCAGUGUUGUGUGUAUAAGCUAAUCUUGAAGACGUGGAGUGAGCUUUACUAGAGGGUUAUUUUGUAGGUAUUUGCGGAAGAUGUUUUCAUUAAACAUGGCCCUCAAUGUAGGAGUCAUUAUAUUUGGAGUAAGAAUGCGUUGUACUUAUAAGUAUUCCCUAAGGUCACGUCCAACGUCCACCCGAAUCUGGAGAGGUUAAAACCGCGUACGGUGGAACCUCAAUAUUACGAAAGGCCAAGGGACUGACAAAAUAUGUCAUGUCAUCGUUCGCUAUGAGGUUGCGCUAUAUCGAGGUUCUUUUUCGAAUAUUUUGCUAUUACUGGGGUUAGGAAUAUAGAGGUUCGUUAAAUCGAGGUUCCACAGUACUUAAUAUGGAUCUUAAGCAUCGACAACGAAACGGACGACGACGACGCUUCGCAACCGAGGCAGAGUGGGCCAAGGGUUUCGUUUUCGGCGGGAAAACGAAGUUUAAGCAGUGCAGCUUCCCAGACAGACGACGAACUUUUCUUUGCGAAAAACUUUCUCUUGUUACAGUCUUGUUAAGGCGUUCAAAUACUUCCGUAAUUUGCAUCUUAAAAGCUAUGACGAUGGUUUAAUAGACGAUGGCGAAUGUAUUGUUCUUUACGACCUGUAUUAUUCGAUUUUGGAGGCUUCCUCUUGGUCGCAUCGUUUUAAAGUUAAAACUCCAACAGCUCUUGACUUGCAUUUACUCUAAAUUUCGGCUGCUGAAGAGAAUUCAGUGCUGCUACAAUGUUCUCCCAUACUUGUCCUCUCUCGGGGCUCCUCAUAGCCACAUCAUGUUCCAGAGUCCACUGGAAAAUAGUUGCCUUUACUCGCAGCUAAAACCAACAUGGGAAAUUGUUAAAUUUUGGUACGAAAAAAAUGAAUCAACAUUUAUCCUUUUGUACAACCUAGAAAGCACGAAUAAACAUAGACCGUCGAGGGAACGAACAUCAUCUAAUUUAACAGGUUCGGAAGAUAGCAGAGGAAAGCUUACUUGUCUUUCCGACUGGUUGUUCCGCCAUCACUCAGGUUUUCAGACAAACCGAACCUGAAAAUUAAUUCAAGAUAGCAGGCGAAGAAUUCGACAAAGUGGAUUCUGCUAAUCCACAAAGGAUAUAUUUCGACUUGUACUGAAUGACAAGGGGGAAAAAGAGCGAUUUACAGGGAAAAAGUAUGGUUUCAUACUUACGUUUUAGCGACAACGGCAAACCUCGUCGACGAAGGCGUCGACGACGAAGGCUGGACGACGUUUUGACAACCUUAACGCAUGCCCAGAACGUUUGCGCGGGAAAAUUUUACUUCCGGUCGGCGUUGUCGAUGCUUAAGAUCCCUAAUAUUUGCGUCAACACCAAUUUGGUGUGGUGUAUCCGGUUUGGAUUCUACACGAAUACGCUACUGCGGUUUACAUUUGCUAACUACUAGCGACCGGGCGUGCGCAAAUCGGAUCAGGGAUGUGAUCCGUAUAUCUUUCCUAGUUCCAUUGCUUUUAACCAACAGUUCACACGUCUCAAGCAAAACUGUCCAAGAGAGAUAAAUGGGCAAACUAAGGCCGAUUCAUUCGUCUGGAUCGACAAUAAAGCCGAUUUUUUGCUCAAAAUAACCAGCCACUACAGUAUAUUGAAGCCAAUGGCAAACGUCGACUGGCAGUUGAUUCAAUCCAAAUAUUCUCAUAUUCCAUGUACUCGAAAUUUUCAAAGCACAGUAUCCUUGUAAAAAGAAGUUGUUGUCUGUUAUUUUCAAUUUGUAAGUUCCCAUUUCAGCCGGGAACCCUAGUUUAUGACGUAGCUGACCAAAAUUUACCGGUUAGUAGUAUAGUAGGGAAUGGUUACUCCGAUUUCUUACAUUGGAAUCUCACAUACUUGCGGUUGUUGUGGUGGUGUCGUGGUGGAGGGAAAACAUUAGAAGUAUAUACAGUAAAAACAAAAAAGGAAGGAGAGAAAGUGUUAAGUUGUUUUCCUUGGUAGAAAGAGCUAGGGUGGACUCAUUUGCGAGUAAACUCACCUUAAGUAUUCAAUAGUAACAUUUUUGUAACUCAACCAGAAAGGUGAGGUUACGCUUUCCAUAUUUCAAGAAUUUUGUUUGCAGAGCGUAAAGCCCGAUUUUCUCGAGGGCUAGUAUGGUGAUGACUGACUUCUUUCAUGGUUGAGCCUGGUAAACUGAACUGCCCUUUUUGACAGUUCACGGUUAGUUUUAAGACGUUUGACGGUACUAUUAAAACCCCAUUAAGCUGAAGAGGGGUUCCCCUUCAGCCUGCAACUCUAAUGAGCUGGCCAUGGAAAUUACUUGAUUGAAUCCUGAAUUUCUUGGUGAAUGGAAACUUUAACUAAUUUUGCAAGAAUAAAAUAUUUUUGGGCGCUGCAGUUGGUUUCGUGAAGUGCAACUUGCUUAUCAGUUGUCAUUAAACGAAUUUCACCUAUAGAGAGACUACAAAUUGAAUUCACCUGAAAUCGGCAAGUUCCACUUCCGCAAAACUUCUGCUAACUCGGAAAACCCCAUUAUGUCGACUUCUUUGAUUUCUUUGUUUUACGUCACCCGUGAGUUUAAAAUAGCACAUGACGUUAUCUUAAAAUAUUCCCCCGCAUUUUGUUCGUGAGAUAAAGAAGUCAUUGACGUUAAUGUCUUCCUGCGCAAUUUAAUGACUAGCCUGCGUUCCAGCCGGUCCACACAUCGUCCAAGCUAUUUGUAUAGACCCUCUAUAUAGAAGAUUUAGAGUGUCUGCGACUCAGGCUAUUUAAAGAGGUUCCUGCGCAUUUUAUUCAAAAGACUGUGACAACAUAGACGUUAAUGUAAGUUCCACCACAAGUUAAUGAGAUUCCAUUGCAAAAAAAAUAACUCCGGUUUCAGUAGUCUACAAGAAUUCGCCAAACCCGUCGGAUCCAAAUAAAUCCACCACGGAAGUGGGUUUUAAAAGACGCUCUUUAGGUGAGCGGAUUCACGGAAGGCCGAUUCCUACAAAAAGGUAUGCGGUUUCAAAAUUAUCCGUAUUCGGGUGGACGUGGUCUAAUACAGGUCUUUUAACCUUCUCUAGGGAAUUUUCCUUUCGUCAUUUUUAAACACAUGCUCGUAAAUAAGACGAAAUCUGAUAGCAACCUUUCUUCUAGAGUAAUGUCAAAUCCCUCUAGAUUAGGAAGCAAAACAGUCCGUUCACGGUUACACCUGAAGUUUAAUUGCCGAAAGUGCUGAUUUUUAGGUGUACAUAGACAUGUGACUAAUAUACUGAAUGAAUUUCAGCGUUUUAUUAUGAUCCUGACUGAACACAUUGUUCGUUCAGAACAACAACAGUUAGAUGUAAACACACCGUGGUUCAAGUACACCACAGAAAGACUUCGAGAAGUAUUAAUCACGGUAUGUUGGUUUAUCAUUUUACGCGCUUGAACACAAUUUCUCAGGCCUCAAAUGUAAUAAAUAUCCCUAAAUGUAAUAAAGGUGCUAAAAGUAAUAACUUUUGACCCUAAAUUUAAUGAAGGUCCUAAAUGUAAGAAAUUUUGGCCCUAAAUGAAAAAACGUCCCAAAUGUAUAAAGGCUUGGUUAGUAUGGUAGCUAGGCUUGUGUGUGCAAAAUACACUUCAAAUGGAGAUAUGUACGUUGGUACUUCUUUUUGGUUCCUUUUUUAAAAUCCUCUGGUUUUCAGCCAGUCCUUUCGCCUAAUAAAGACCUUUCUUCCCGCCAGUUUUAAAGAAUCAUACUCCAACUUGGAACUUACAGCACGAACAUGAGCGCAUUGACUUCUAUUUUUGUUGAAACUGGGGAUGGUAUGGUCGGCUGUAUACUAAUCUUACUUGCAAUUUACGAAAACGUCCUUAAAGAGCUCCUUGAAAUUCAGAACCUUUGUCACUUUGCAGUGCAAGAUCAGAGGGGGUCCUUUUCUAUGUAUAGUUCUUUAACUCAGCCGCAACUGCUUUGGUAUUUUUACUUUAAACACUUCAAAGACAAAUGAACCUACUGCAAACAUUCAGAACGGACAUUAGACAUUGAUAAACAAUCCUUGAUCUGAAAUUUAAUUCUUCCACGCUUUCCAAGAUCGAACAGCCCUACUUGGUGUCUCACUUGCACAAAUAUGACUUACACAAAGUUGAGUGUUUCAUACUACUUCUUGAGUGGUUAGUUUUCCAUCAGGCUGGGAUUUAACAAGGCCAGGAACUGUUGGGUUUGUUUAGAAGUCUGAUCUGGUUUCAGAGAAAUUUUGCCAAGACUAUCAUGAUAAUUUAAGAAUUUGUUGUUUGCUGCUUUCCUUUUAAUCCACCAUAUCCACUUUGCACAGUUAAGUAAUACUACAUAUGGUUUACCGCAACCAUUUGAUGCCUAAGCCUUGUUCUCAGUUUCUCUUGGGAAACCUGUAAUACCCAUGAAAAACUGGAAACACUGGUUAUGCAAAAUGUUGGAAAGUUAGCACAGUGCAUUAUGGGCAAUGUGAAAUUCUUAAAUGUCUAUAAAGACUUCAAUAUGGUAUAAAAAGUAAAUCGCCUGGCUAUGACAUUAAAGUCACUUCGACUUUAUAAAGUUUACGGCCAAGAGUUAUUCUACCACUGUUAGGAUUUUUGUUAUAUUUAGGGCCAAAAUGUAUUACAUUUAGGACCUUUAUUACACUUAGGGUCGUUUAUUACAUUUUAGGCCUCAACAGCCUUUGCUCACCUCCCCAACCCCCUAUUUUUGACACAAAAAAAGUCAGCCAACCAAUCACAGUUAGGUUUGAGCCUGGGCUUUCUGCUGACACAUAGAAAGACGCCAACUCCCCCGGUUUUUUUCGCCUACACUGGCUUGAACACGAGCUAACACGGGUGAUGCCAUUAUCAAGCGAAAACGUAGCAGGCGCCUUUUAGCAAAAUCGCAUAGGUAUAUAUAAAACAUUUGACAUUCUGGCAUAACCUUUACUUUAAAUCUUUCCAAAAUGCUAGAAGGAUAACAUUCGCCGUUAACCAUGAAAGACAUGAAAUGCGAGGGAAAAAAGUAUAAGUAAUCUUUACUUUUAAAGAUUACCAUAGUUAACGAAAGUAAAAAAUGAGGGAAAAAUCAGUGGCCAUUUGAAUAAGAGAAGACAAAGUUUAACAAACAAUUACAAAACUCAGAGCAAAACAAUAUCAAGCUAAUCCAAUAUUUGGUUUGAAUUGCUUGAACUUUAUCAGCGAUGUAAAAUGAGGUUCAUUUACUAACAGAAAGAUUGUCGGGUAUUCCCAGAAGAGGAUUGUAAAUGGCCAUGGCCGAGAGAUACAGUCUCUCUUCACUCUUCAGAGAGGGUUUUCUUUGUUUGAUGGCGAUGACCUCUUUGACGCAGCGCGUGAUUUUCGGCAGUUGAAGCAACGGCAUCGCCGACAUAUCUUCGUCACUGAAUUUGUUAAAAACACUCUCUUUAGGUUGUAUACCAUAAUCAAAGUCACUUUCGCAACCCUUUCAUUUCGAGUCAUUGUUAAAUAAUUUGUCCUCAAGUGCCAACUUCAGAUUCGGAAGAGACAAUAAUGACAGGAUUGAAAGUUAUUCAGUUCUUACGAAAGUAAUUUCCCACGCAGUUUUCUUUGUUUAUCAUUUUCGCGCGCCCUCGCAAAAAUUGCGUGCCUGUAUGGUGCAAUUAGCAGCAUUUUUCAUUAUUAAUGGACAAGUUGUUUAGUUAGUUAGCAAGUCUAUGACUCCGGAUUUUACGUCAUGAAAUGCAUUUAGUAGCUACUACUUGAUUCUUACAUAUGUUGUCUGCGUUUUCAUUUCAGAAUUUGGAAAAAGUUUUUCAGUACUUGAGCUCACUUGAAACGCUUCUGUUCACUUCCGAUCUGGAUCCGCGAAUUUUGAGCCUUUUUAACCAUUUUAAAGCUUUAAGAUCUUAA